AUGCAUGAGGUGUAUUCGGGACUCAAUCGGCCAGACUACGAUGUUCCGCCGCAGCUCGGUGGCGACUCGCCAGAGCAGAUCAACUGGCUUGCCAUCCUUAUACUCGUGGCGGUUUUCCUGGCACUUGUGCUUGGAUGGGUCCUCGACAGCAGGUGCCGCGGAGCACUUAUGGAGGGCCGGCCACACUUUUGGGCAAUACUACUGCUUUGCACAAGCUACUUGCUGUUAAUUCCUGGAUUGAUCAACCCGGUUUUCAGCUUUAGCAUCGUGAUCAACAUCAUCGGACACCGCAAGAAUGUUGAACCGGAAGCUGGCCACCCAGUCUGCACUGAGACAACAACUGGUUUGGCACACCUUCUUUGGAAAACAGGCUCUCGGAUUGGUGCGUUCCUGGUUAUCCUGUUUUCGAUGGUCAUCCCUGCCUUCGAGCUGGUUAUGCUCGUUCUCGGUGAAGUCUUUCGCUUCACUUCGGCGAGAUGUGCCGAGAUAUUCCGGUGGGUCAUUCUGUGGGUACAGCAUAGGUCUAAGUGGGCUUCUCCAGAUAUGUUCGCCUACGUGCUGCUGGUCGACUUGGUGCGAACCCUGGAUCAGGAGCCACUCAUUCUGUCGAGGGCAAGGCUGGAGAUCGGCUUCUCCUGCUUCAGCACCUUCGUGGUGACCGCAACUGUCUCAUCUUUGGGCGUGCCGCUACCACAGGCAAGAUCUCGGAAAUCGGUUCCGAUUGCGCCUGUGGCGCUGCGACACCUUGGAGAACGUGGAUUGGCCAUCGCGGUGGGUUUGCUCGCGUUGGUGUUCGUCCCACUCUUUUUACACGGAUUGCAUGCUCCGUGCAUGUCUUUCCACAUCGAGACGAAGCAGCUCUUUCCUCCAUAUGGGCCUUUGCCAGAAUCAGCGCGAACUGUAGUUGAUAUCUUGGACUUGAGGCACUUGCUCAGGUCAGAGACAAGCAUUGUCUCAUGUGUCACAGACUACAUCGGCAGGCUGUACGAGUGGGAAGCCAAUACAUUUCUCUCGCUCGCUUUGAUCUUGGUGUGUGUUGUGGGUAGCACGUUGCUGGAUAUGCUUGCGCUGGUGUUGGCUGCCUUGCACCUUUCCAGUAGUAAAAGCUAUGCAACUCUCAAUCAACCACAUGCAGAGAUGGAUCAUCCCAUGGGACAGCCAGUCCUGGUGCCCACGAGCUGCAGGUGGAUCACCAUUGCGCGGAUCGCACGAAAAUUAUCAAUGCUGGACGUAGCGAUGGUCGGCGUAUACUUGGUUACAGUGUGUAUGUCCAUGUACGCUAAAUACGGAGUUGUUGUGUCUUUGGAGCAUGGAAUGCUCAUUCUGCUGGGUGCAGAACUAUUUCAUGCUCUCACCUAUCACCUGGUAGACUCCGCUUUUUCAUACUAUGAGGAGUUGCGGGCGUUUGACGAGGAAGCUCUUCGGUCGCAGAAACAGAAUGAGGGCACAGAAGUUGCUCCACAUGUUGAUCCUUUCUGCUGUGGCACUUGGCCGAAGCUCUUUAGAUAUGUUCCCAUGAAGGCAAUGUUCUAA